GUCCUACAGUGGGGCUGGGGGCAGUGGGCAGCGGGACUGGGGGGCACAGCAUGGCAGGGCUGCGGUGGCACCGGUACCGGGGGCCGAGCUACCCCGGGGCAGAGGGGCUGGGGGGUCUGGGAGUGGGGGGCCGAGGGACUUUUUCAUCUCCUUUUCAUCCCCUUUUAAUCCAUUUUUGAUCCCGUUUUCCACCCAUUUUUCAUCCAUUUUCCAUCCCCCUUUUGGAUCCCCCCCGUUCCCACCCCGCGCCCCGGCCCCGCCCCCUCCGGUGGACCCCUUUAAGCCCCGCCCCUCAUUCUGAGCAGCCAAUCAGCGCGGGGUUUGCGCCGAAGCUCCGCCUCCUGCGCGCGGGGCGGGGCCACGGCGGCCGCGCACACGUGGGGAGUGAUUGCGCUUGCGCAGAGCGGGGCCGGUACCGGGAGCGACACCGGGAGCGGGACCGGGAGCACGAGGGGACACCGGGAGCGGGCGGGCCGGGGUCGCCAUGGCGGGCCGCGGCCGCGGCCGGGGCCGGGGGCAGAUGACGUUUAACGUGGAGGCCCUGGGCAUCGGCAAGGGGGACGCGCUGCCGCCGCCCACCCUGCAGCCAGCGCCGCUCUUCCCGGUUCUGGAGCGCCGCGCGGCGCCGCUGCCCGGGGGCGAGGAGGGCGAGUACAUGCUGGCCCUGAAGCAGGAGCUGCGCCGGGCCGUGAAGGGGCUCCCGUACUUCGUCAAACCGGGGGCGCCCCGCAGAGACAUCGAGCGCUACUCGGACAAGUACCAGCUCUCCAGCCCCGUGGACAACGCCAUCGACUGGAACCCAGACUGGCGGCGGCUCCCGCGGGAGCUGAAGAUCCGCGUGCGGCGGCCGCGCAAGGCCCGGACCCCCGGGCCUGUCCCCAAGCAGCAGGUGGCACUGGACAAGGAGGAGGCCAUGAAGAAGCUAGAGAGCCUGGAGAAGAAGGAGGAGGAGGUGACAUCCGAGGAGGAGGAGGAGAAGGAGGAGGAAGAAGAAGGAAAGGAGGAGGAGGAGGAGGAGUACGAUGAGGAGGAGCACGAGGAGGAGACCGACUACGUGCUGUCCUACUUCGACAACGGGGAGAGCUUCGGGCCCGACAGCGACGACAACGGCGACGAGGCCGUGUACUGACCCCAAAAGGGACAUUGAACCCCAAAAAAUGGGCACUGAUCCCAAAAAUGGACACCCCAAAAGGGGUACUGACCCCAAAAGGGGCAUGGAACCCCAAAAAAUGGGCACUGAUCCCAAAAAUGGACACCCCAAAAGGGGUACUGACCCCAAAAGGGGCAUGGAACCCCAAAAAAUGGGCACUGAUCCCAAAAAUGGACACCCCAAAAGGGGUACUGACCCCAAAAGGGGCAUUGAACCCAAGAUGGGCGCCCCAAAAUGGGUACUGACCCCAAAAAUGGGCACCCUG